UCUUUGCCCGUCUUUCCCUUUUCUUCAUCUCACAGCCACACCAUACAUAAACAACAGCUCCCAGUGGUGGUACAUGAACGAGUGGAAUGGUCAACAAGCAAACAAAAAAAAAACAGAACAAGCAACAACUACGAUGACUUCUCCCCAUCAGCACACCCCAGUCAACUUUGCCCAACAGCCAUAUCUCAUCCGGCAUCCACCUCUCACUCAAAACAGACAUCCAAACUCACUGCAUACCUUCCUAGCCAAGAUCGACUAUCUCGCAACUGCAGCCGACUCACCAGCCUGUCCACCCACAAAGCAAAACCUCAGCCAUUGCCCAGAGAUCGCAGUUGAAAUCAUCAAGUCACUCUACAGUUUCGCAUUCGAACCAGAAUGGGCUACCUACUUCUUCCCCAUCACCGCAUUCAAUCCCAUCAAUCAACCUGCAUCAUCACCCUCAUCACCAUCACCAUCCUCAUCCUCAUCCUCAUCAACUCAAGAUCAGAUCCCAAUCAUCUCCCUACCCGAUAUCAACCCCUCAUUCAGUCUCACCUCACUCCAGGGCGAAGAGGCAGUCGAAUAUGGCGAAAACCGUCGCGGAAAACCUUGCGGGCAUGUCUUCCAGAAGGGUGAAGGGGUUUAUCAUUGCAGUGACUGUGGUAUCGAUCCAACGUGUGCACUAUGUGCUAGAUGCUUCCUGGCCUCUGAUCAUACCGGACAUGAUGUCACCUACUCGAUUCAUGCUAAUGGAUGUGGUUGUUGCGAUUGUGGUGACGAAGAAGCCUGGAAGACCGACAUCAAAUGCAAGUAUCACAGCCUCUCCACCGAUCAUCCCUCCCCAAACAUCCCACUCCCACCAGACGAUCGAACGCCAUCUCCUCAGAUUACCUCAAAACUCCAACCACUACCAAACCAUUGCAAGGAUGUCAUCGAGGAGAUCGUGGCCAUCGCACUAGACUUCUUACUCAUCACCGUCGAUCGGAGCCCGGAAGACAUGAGACCACCUGCAAAUAUCGAUGCCAUCUAUCAUGAACUCAGUCGACUAGAAGAAAAUGCCUAUCUCGGUCUACCUCGUAGCUCACCCUCACUUCCAGAUAACUCGAUGGAUAUCGAUCUCCCAUUCUCUCAUCACCCUACAUCAUUACAACUCCAGCACCAAGCCAUUGCCAACUCGAUGGAAGAAGCUGGUAAAUCAUCUAUUACCGGCGGGCUCUUAUCAGCAUUCUUGGGUGGUAGAGCUACCGAUAAUAAGGGGAAAGGCAAGAUCACAGACUCGACCGGCGCGAACCCGAACAGCUCGGUAGGGACGACUGCCUCAUCAUUUGGUCUCACCGCUGGCACAGCUGGACGUUUCAACCCUUCAAAUCAUCCCUAUCAAUCUGCGGGAAAUACCACCCAAGGCUCAUCAAGAGCAGCAGAACACUGGUCAACCUGGUCCCAUUUCCCAACUCCAAUCAAGCCUACCGAUCAUAACCUUCGAGGAUCUGGCCCCUGGGGCGUGGUUCUAUGGAAUGACGAAAGGCAUAGUUAUGCCCAGGUAAUCGACCAAGUCUCCAAGGCCACCGGUUGCACUCGAGCAGAGGCUCUGCGAAUUGCCAACACGAUCGAUACUAAGGGUAGAGAGGUGAUUCAAGUCUCGAGUGACCCCAGCGUGCUCCUCCAGACUUCCAAGACAAUCAGUCAGAUUGAUUUGACUGUCACCGUCAGGACCACUCACGACUUAUUCUGUGAACAGAUCGCCGAUCUGAUCAUCAAUUUCUUGGUCGACUUGGCUUCAUGUCGGAUAUACAACGUUUCUCCCGAGGAUGAAUCAUGGUUGAAAUCGUUGAUCACCCGCAAGCUUCGCGAACGACCAGCCUUAGGAUACGAAGGCGGUGGUCGUAGUCGAUUUGCGCGUCUAUUACUCAACGACGUCAAGCUUUGGAAAGAAGCGCGGGACAAACUCAAGUCGUUGUACAUCUCUUUACUCGCGUUGGGUCAGACCGUCAAACUCGAAUUGGGUGUUCUCUUCGCCUCUGUCUUCCCUCAGUUGAUCGAGUACAACUUCCUCGUCGAUCGAGAACCGGAACAUAACAUCCUCCUCUUCAGUCUCCAGAUCGUCACUGUUCCCAGUGUGAUCGUCAUCCUGGUCAAAGAGCAUGGAUUCCUCAAAAUGAUCAUCGACUUGCUCUACUCCUUCUUCACCCAUCAAUUCUUACCUGCCGGGGUGCCCGAAAACGAAUACAAGCACAUCGUCUAUCCUCCGGACUAUGAGAACAGACAGAUCAAUCCUGAGGGAAUGGCCUUUCGUCAUAAACGAUACUACCAUCUCUUCCACGAACUCAAUCUGGUCCUGAGCUCUGCCGGCGUUCAGAAAGCGAUCUGCGAAGAUGUCGAACAUCUCAAGACACUCAUCAACUUCUUGUCUCUGUUCACAAAUAUGAAUCCGAACAGACGGGCUGUCCAUCUACACGUUGAAUUCGAAUCUGAUGCAUGGGUGACUGCCUUCAACCUGACGAUCCAGUUGGCUAAGCUUUGCAAGUUCUUUGGAGAGUGUUACUCAAAGGCGAGCCCAGAGGAGUUUGUUGUAGCGGUUCGGACGUUGGUACCAAGUCUGAUGGAUCCUGAACAAGACUUCCACGACGUCCAGUUUGGUUCAUGUGAGGCGGUCGAUGACUCCUCGAUCGAUUCUGGGGUCUUCUACCGGUGUAUCGACUUCAGGACUGAUCGAGAGUUGAUCAGCUUCCACCAUCCCUUGAACUGGCUCUUCGCCGAAAUCAUGAGGAGUGCCCAUCUGAUCGACUUCGAACAGGUUCACCAUCUUGGCGUCUAUGGCGUCGGCGAUCUGUUGAUCCCAGAAAACGCAACACCUGCAGAAGCAGAUGUUGCACCCUUGGCUCUAUCGGAGAAUGUGAUUUGCGUGGCCUCGUUGCUUGCCCAAGUCCGCGCGGGGUUAUGGGUUCGAAACGGAUUUGGUGUUCGUGCACAACAGCUGCAUUAUCGGGAGUACAGCCUCAGAGAAACGACGUUUGACCAGGAUAUCUUCCACUUACAAGUCUUACUUGCAGCCAAGGAUCCUAGUCAUGUGCUGGUUGCGAUUGUCGAUCGGUUUGCCAUGAGACAAUGGUGCAACGGGGAAUUCCUAUCAGAUCGAGUUUACGAGCCUAGUCAAAUGAUUGCGAUGCUCGAAGAGUUGUUGCAUCUCUUAAUCAUUUUACUCUCCGAGCCCUCUGGUAUUAGUGGGUCAAGUCGAGAGGAAAACUUGAAGCGAGAAAUCAUCCAAGUCCUCUGUCUCGGUUCGAUGUCCUAUUCGGAUACCAUCAAACGCAUACCCGAUCGAUAUAUCCAAGAUUCCUCCUUCGACAAGGCAUUAGCUAUGCUGGCCGAUUUUAAGCCACCGGUGGGAUCGAGCGAUGUAGGAAUGUAUUCCUUGAAACCUGAGUUUCUGGAAGAGGUCGAUCCAUAUUAUUGCAGAUUUGGCCGCAAUCAACGUGAAGAAUCCGAGCGGAUCGUCGUGGAGCAUUUGAAGAAGACUACUGGCGUGACAGAUCCAGUCUUGGUACCCAAGUGUCUCAAUAUCAACUCUGGCCCGUUUGCCUGUAUCAGCCAUACCUAUCACUCCGAAGUCUUGCUUCAAAUCAUCUUUUACUCGUUAGCCAGGGUGAACCCGACAAUGAAAGGAUACUCUGAAUAUCUGGCUGAUGAGGCGAUCCACUUGGUAAUGAUGGGCCUGGUCGAACAGCCGGAUGUGUUUGCGAAGAUGGCGAUGGAAAAGAAACUACCGUUGAAGGGCGCCAAUCCACAUACGAUGACGCUGAAGAUGAUGUUGGAGGCGGUGGAUGCUGAGCCGGCAAUGAAGAGUGUCCAGAAGAAGGUGAACUGGUGUCUGGAUCGGAUGGCCUCGAUCUUCGGCUUGCAGCGGACCGACGGCAAGUCAGCCGAGUCUGCCACCAAUGCAGAGCAGAUUGCCAUCCAGGCCGACGAGCAGAAGAAGGAAGCCGCCAAGGCCCGUCAGAACGCGAUCAUGAAUCAAUUUGCAGCCGCCCAACAGGCUUUCCUCCUCCAGCACGAUCUCGACGAUGAAGAUGACGAAGAGGAAGAUAGCGAUGGCCAAACUUCGACAAGCAAGAUGGCACUCGAUCCUGAGAUUGAAAAAACUUAUGGCAACUGUAUCGUCUGUCAAGAAGAUUUGACCAAGGCCCGUUGCUUCGGCGCACUCGGUCUAAUCCAGCGCAGUAGGAUGGUCAGACUAACCCCAGUACAUCUCGAACCGGAACAAGCGGGUCUAUGGUUUGAAGAAGCAUUACUGACCCCUGAAAGUCUUGAUGUUGAUGGAAGGAAAAGCUCACCGGCGGGGGUCGCGAGCAGACAGCCUGUGAACCUGUCCGAUACUAAGAUUGGACCCGAUGGUAGUCUCGAACCAGUAGCAUGGGUCCCACGAGGAUUCCCCAAUGGGGCUGGCAAUCGAUCUGGUCUGUUCGCCUCCGUAUGUGGUCACCUGAUGCACUUCGCCUGUUUCCAGACCUACUACAAAUCCAUCGAACUCCGUCAUGGUACCCAAGUCACUCGGAACCACCCCGAGAGCAUCGACCGAUGCGAGUACCUCUGCCCGUUGUGCAAGUCUAUCGGUAAUGUCUUCCUGCCCUCCGUUGACCCUAGUACGCCGCUCGUCAAGCCACAGGAUUCUCCGUCUUCAACCGAUCUGGCCGAUUGGAUUUCUUCGGUAGGCACCAUAGAAGCCAAAAUGAAGGAGGAAACUGGCGCAGGAAGUUACAACCAGCUCUUCUCUCUGAACGAAUAUGGUGCCAUUAAGUCCUGGUUGGUCCACCUCAAACUCGACCCUCAUCCGCGCCGUAGUUCAACGGCCACCAGGCUGGGGACCGAAGAGCGGGCGAUGCUGGAGCGAUUCCUGACGGUGACCGCGGCACUAAACCGAGAGCUGCCAGACCCGUCAGAGGCGCUAGGGCCGGACACGUCAGAUGGAUUGGGCCAGGCGACGUUGACGCGGGACUUGAUUGGCUACACGAUCGCAUGCACCGAAAUUGCCGCCCGCGGCCUGGCCCAGACCGGUGGCGUCGCCGGCUCGAUCUCGGAGACCCAACAGCAGCUGAUCAGCAGUCUCAUUACCGUCCUCGGCUGGCUCCUCGAGGCUGAGACCGGACACCCAUCAAUUGAAGAGUACGCUACCGGACUCUUGAUCCGCCAGCUCGCCCCGGCCAACAUCCUCGCCCAUACGACCCGUCUCACCGGCCAUCUCCCCCGCAGGCCGCUGCUCUUCUCCGAGCCGUUAUCCUUGCUCGUGUACUGUGCGAUUGCAGCGCCAGAGAAACUGACUCUGCUGAUCCCGCUCUGUUACCAACUCGAGCUCCUGAGAGUAAUGAUCGGACUGUGCUACCUGUCGAAAAAAUUCCCAUACAAAUGGUGGACAUCCGAGCGAGUGAAGAUCAACCGGACAAAGCCCCAUCGACUAAGCGAGGGCGGCGCGCUGGGCCUACUCCUAGUCAAAGUGAUCGACGUUUGUGGGGCCGAGGGUUCGGUGCUCUUGUCGGCCGACGAAUGGGAACUGGAGCGGAUCGUCCGACUUUACACCCUCCCCUUCCUCCGUCGGGCUUGGAUUUUACUUAACGUGAUCGGCAAGCAACCCCCAUGUGAUCGUCGAGGGGACGACGAAGGCGACGAGGAGGAGGACGAACAUGUGAGGUUGAAACGAGCGAUGAGGAUCCCGAGUUUCUUGGACUUGAGAGGAGACGAGAAAGAUGACCCAUUGACGGGGAAGAAAACAAACACGCAAAUCUAUCGACUGAUGAUUGUAGGAUGGCUAGGAGAACUCACGGAAUACAUCCGGGCGAAUUACGGGAGUUCUAGGAGCGGGUUAGGCGGCGUGAUGGAUGGUAAAAGUCUCAGAUUGAUCGAGGAUUUCAGGAUCAGGGAUGGAUUCUUUCAGCUCGAACAUCCGGUGAUCUAUGAACUCUUAGGCCUGCCGAUCAAGUUCGAUAAAUUGCUCAGUCGGGCGGCCAUCAAGAAGUGUCCCAAUUGUAAUGCGGUGCCUAAUGAUCCUGGGAUAUGUUUGCUCUGUGGGGCAACGGUUUGUGUGCAAGCUUUUUGUUGUACUAAUCGGAACUUAGAUGAGGAGCCUGAACAUGGUGAAUGUAAUGUUCAUAUGUGGAAUUGUGGGGGCUCGGUAGGCGUGUACCUCUUGAUCAAGAAAUGUUCAACCUUAUUCUUAGCGGCCGAGAACGGGGCGUUUUCGAUGGCACCGUAUUUAGAUGAACAUGGAGAACACGAUGUAGGAAUGAAGAGAGGCAGACCUCAGUUCUUACAUCAGGCUAGAUGGGACGAGAUCCGUCGAGUUUGGUUGACCCAUAACGUUCCUACCUUUGUCGCUAGAAGACAAGAGGCUAGCACCGAUGUCGGUGGAUGGCCUACUUUUUGAUCAUCCCAGACUGAUCAUCCCUGUCCUAUUCCCGCAUUCCCUUCCCGUUCUCGCUCUCUCCCUCUCUCUUUCUCUAUCUAGCUCAAUCUUCUUCCUUCCUUCCUUGUUUGGGUCUAUACUUCAUUAGGCUCUCGCUCAUUUCUUUCAUCUUCACAUCCUUUCUGUCUGCUGUAGCUUUUACAUUUAUUUAUUGAUUCUCAAAGUGGAGGGAAAGAUAUUAUGAGGGGUUUUCCUUUUUCUCUCUCUGUCUCUCUCUUUGUUGAUUUCUGAAUUUAUUUCUUUACUGUUAUAAUUUGCAUGUCAAUGAAUCAAACAAAACCCAGUUUUUUGGGGGGG